AUGGCUGCAUCUUCGUCGACUACCAUGGAUAAAGGGGCAUCUUCUACUGCUAUAGAUAAACAGGAAUUCAGAACCCUUAGAAGUUGUGACGGAAAAGAAUUCAAAAUCUCCAAAUCCAUUGCUCUGCAACUGUCCCUCGUCUCAAAUUUACUUGAUUUGGAAGAAGAAGGCAAAACCGACAUUAUUCCUCUUCCUAAGGUCGAUGGAAUUAACCUUGACAGGGUAAUUGGUUUCCUGAACAUGUACACAGAAGAAUCCUUCAAAAAAUUAACCACAACAGAAAAGAAGAAACGAUGCGACGAUUUCUUCGCCAAUUGUAAGAUCCAUGAUUUCCUUGCCCUCGCCUCGGCGGCGAAUUAUUUGGGAGCUCAGUUGGUUCUGGACGAGGCUUGUCAGAGAUCAGCCGAUGCAAUGAAGAACAAAAGUGUGGCUUGGGUGAGGAAAGUUUUUGGAGUAGAGAACGAUUUCACGUCUGCAGAAGAACAAGCUUUAAAAAAUAAACAUGAAUGGGCUUACGAAGGAGUCGAUCCCGACGAUGACAAUGAAGAAGAUAUGAAUCAAUUGAUGACGAUUACAAAGAUGAAGAUAUGA